CCACAAUGCACCGACAUACACUUCGCAGUUGAAAACAUGGCUGCGUACAGUGCUUUACUUGAGUUUUCAUGUAGGUUUCGGAUUUGUUUUUCCUAGCCAGAGGGAAAAUAGAUAGCUAGCAAUCACAUCUAGCUUGGCGAGUUAGUUGACAAGCUAGUUAAAGACGUUAAUUACUAUUACUUUGCGACAAGUAGCUAAUAUAAUUUGAAUGUCCGUGAGCUAACGUUAGCCGGCGAACUGAACAGCUAGCUAUCUACACAUGCAUUGAUUUUCAUUUAGCGUUGUGGGACGUUCUCGGGGUAACUAGUUCUCUAUCGAAGGGGAAUAUUUUUAAUUAGCUGAAAUAGCUAACUAGCUAUUGAUGUAGGACGUUCGCUUAUGAGCUGGUGUAUUGCCUAGCCAUGUUUUAUCCCGUGAAGUCAGCCUAUUCCAGGGUGUGCCCAGGAGCUGUAAAUCGCGAGCUGGGAAAGACAAAGAUGAGAUAGCAUGAGGCUAAAUAUUAGCUCUCUUCGGCUAGUUGGCGAACUAUUCUCUAAUACUAAUUCAUAAACGUUUUGCCUACGGGACACAGAGUCGGGAGGCGAAAAAAAUACGGCAAAAAACAAUCAUGUUUGGAAAUCUGUUUGAAGAAGACGAGGAAUCCUUUUCUGCCGUCCCCACCGGCGGAAACGCCGCGAAAGCGACAGACGCCGAGCCUCCCCCACCGCGGGGAAGUGUGAAGCUCAGCGGAAUUAAGAACCAAGGUGGCACCUGUUACCUGAACUCCCUGCUGCAAACCUUACUCUUUACGCCAGAGUUCAGAGAGGAGUUAUUCAGUUUGGGACCGGAGGAGCUGGGAAGUCUUGCUGACAAGGACAAACCGGAGGCCAAGGUGCGGGUCAUCCCUCUCCAGCUGCAGAGGCUGUUUGCCCAGCUGCUGCUGGUGGACCAGCAGGCCGCCUCCACUGCCGAUCUGACGGACAGCUUCGGCUGGUCCAACAGCGAGGAGAGCAGCCAGCAGGAUGUGCAGGAGCUGAACCGCAUCCUGUUCAGCGCGCUGGAGAGCUCACUGGUGGGAACCUCCGGCAGCAGCCUCAUCCACCGCCUCUACCACGGCAACGUCGUCAACCAGAUCGUGUGCAAGGAGUGCGGCAACACCAGCGAGAGACAGGAGGACUUCCUGGACCUCACAGUGUCUGUGAAGGGCGUGUGUGGCCUGGAGGAGGCGCUGUGGAACAUGUUUGUGGAGGAGGAGAUGUUCGAGGGGAACAACCUGUACCGCUGCAGCCGCUGCGAUCACCUGGUCACGGCUGCCAAGUCAGCCAAGCUGAGGAAGCUGCCCCCGUUCCUGACGGUGUCGUUGCUGAGGUUCAACUUCGACUUCGUCAAGUGCGAGCGCUACAAAGAGACGGGCCGCUACAGCUUUCCGCUAACCAUCAACCUCCGGCCCUUCUGUGAGCAGACAGACAGGCCGGACUCAGAGUUCACCUUUGAACUCUUCUCCGUCAUCAUACACAAAGGAGGCUGCUAUGGCGGCCACUACCACGUCUACAUCAAGGACAUUGACCAGCUGGGCCACUGGGAGGCGCCGGAUGAAGAGUCCAAACCUAAAGUUCAGAAGAAGGAGGUGAAGGUCAGUGAGCCGGAGGUGGAGAAGGAAGACCCGCUGUCCGUGCUCGUAGGCAUCCUGUCCCAGGAAGAGGGAAAGAGCGUUCUGGUGGACCAGCUGGGGCAGAAGCUGCUGGACAGAAUCGGGAUAUCCUGGAACAGGAAGUUUCGCAAGCAGUACGGACCAAUCGGAAAGUUUCUGCAGAGCCACUCUGAGGUGUUCAUGCUGCUGGCCAACGGGACCCGGGUCACCCUCAAGGCCUCCAGCCCCGCCCCCCCGGGGGCGGAGCCCGCGCCGACCUCACCCGGCUCCGCCCCCGGCCCCGCCCCCGAGCGCGCCGCGGAGGAGCCGGAACCGCUCCCCGCGGACGGCGGCCGCUGGUUCGACCUGAACGACUCCACGGUCGCGCCCAUCUCGGGGAAGGCCAUCGAGAAGCAGUUCCAGGGCAAGGAGAGCGCCUACAUGCUGUUUUACCGCCGGGCGGGGCUGCAGAGGCCGGAGGAGGCGAAAGGAAACCCCAGUUACAGGGUUCCCCCUCACCUGGUUCAGCUGGCCCAGGAGGAGAACUGUCAGCUGCAACAGAGACGGGAGGAGUUUGACGCCUCCAGAAACACCAUUGAGGUGCGCCUGCACCUCGCCCCUCAGUACCAGGUGACCAACGGAGCCCUGCAGCCUGUGGGGCGGGGCCAGGACAGCGUCAUCACCAUCACCUUCGACCGCCGCAAGACCGUGGGAGACUUACGCCUGGCCGUCUAUCAGAUGCAGGACCUGUGGGAGGGGGACAUGGCUCUGACGGUGGCCAAGAGUCUUCCGGCCGGACUGCACCUGUACAACACGCUUUCAGAUGACCAGCAGUCCCUGUACAGCGCGGGCGUACGCGACGGCUCGGACCUGUUCGUUUGGAACGGCAGAGAGGUGGGCGGAGCCAGCGUGCAGACGGGGGCGGAGUGGGAGCCCGUGCUGCUCACCCUGGUGCGGCCCUCCCUGGAGGAGGAAGAGGAGGAGGAGGAGGAGGCGGAGGGGGGCGUGGCCGCGGAGAGGGGCGGGGGGGACGCGGGCGGCGUGGGGCUGCGGCGGACGGAGUGGGGGUUCGCGGGCGGGACCACGCUGGGGGCCGUGAGGGAGGCCCUGGGGCCCCAGAACACGCUGCUGUGCCAGGAGAGCAGGCCGGGCUGCGACGGGGGCGGGGCCGGAGGGGGCGUGGCCAGCGGCGGAGGGGGCGGGGCCAGUGGCUGGAGGGUGUUUCCCGCCGCUGACAUGCACAGGACGCUGAAGGAGCUGGCCCUGAGGGACGGCGACGCCCUCCUGGUGCUGGAGCCGCAGGCGCUGGACACCAGCAUCAUCAGCGUCAGCGGCGACAUCGUCACCGUGACAACCCCAUCCGACUGCCGCUGGCUGCAGGUGGAGUUCUGUCCCCGGGGAGGAAGAGGAGCUGCGGGGGAGGAAGAGCAGGAUGAACGGGAGAGGAGAAGGGGGAAAGUGCCUGCUUCUGGAAACAUGCUGCUGCUGGAGGUGAAGCAGAGGGCCAUGGAGGUGCUACAGCUGCAGGACCAGCUCCAAGAUGUGAAGUGUUGUCUGAGGCAGGUGGACAGCACUGGCAGACUCCUGCCUCCAGUGUGCGAGCACCUGAGUGUGCGGGAGGCCGGUGUGAAGCUCAUGACCUCCCUGCUCCUCUGUCCUGGCGAGGCUCCAGGUCCCACACAGCUCUUCCUGUACUACACUGUGGGUUCAGACAGCCCUGCUGCUGCAGAGAGGGAGCUGACUGUAGAGGAGACUCUGACAGUGAAAGAGUGUCUGAAGCUGAUUGUGAAGUUGGCGGGACUGGAAGGGGAAGCCUGGCACCUGCGGAAGACUGACUGGUGUGAGGAGGUGGGAGACGCCCUCACAGAGGAGGACGCCACUCUGGCCGAGCUGAGGAUCCACAGCGGGGACACGCUGGUGCUGACGGAGGGCCGCCUGCCCCCCAAGGGGUUCCUGAAACUGCCAGUGUGGCUGUACGGGCAGCAGAGCGAGCGCUACGUCUCACAGGAAGCUCAGGGAAACCAUGUGACCAACGGGGUGGAAGGAGACCCGGCCGCAGUGACUGGAGCUGAGUUUCGGUUCGCGGGACAGGUGGAGAUUUCGGGGGAAGCGUCGCUCGAUGACCUAAAGACUCAGGUGAUGACCCUGCCCUCUCUGCAGGACGUGUGUGUGCCUGCCCCGCCCUUCCUGCGCGUUUGGGUACUGGAGGGCAGGAGGCUCAGCAAGAUCCUGAGAGGAAACCAGCUGCCACUCAAGAACCUGAAGUUGGGUAGUGGGACAGAACUGUGUGUCCAACAGCUGCUGAAGGAGGAGAAUCUGGGCCCUAAGGAGCUUCUGCUGAGGGUGCAGAUGGGGAUCCCGGGGGAGCAGGAGUUCUACCCCCCUGAGGAGCUGGUUUGGGACACGUCCCGGGACAGCUCCCCCCGCGCCCUCCACCACGCCCUCGCCGCCCAGUACGGCGUCUCUCCCGACUGCCUGCACAUCGCCAAACACCUCCCCGAAAAGCACGCCUGGAUGGCCAUCUCCAACUGGAGCCAGCAGGUGUCCAAGCGGAAGAAGAAGAAGAGGGCGGAGAGUUUGCAGGGCGCCCCGUUUCACCUGAAGGACGGAGACCUGAUCGGAGUGAAGAAUCUCCUGAUCGACAGCAACAGGGACUUCUGCACGCUGAGAGACGUGCUGGGCCAGCAGAGGCUGAGGCAGGAGGCGGAGAGCCGGCGGAAAGGGGGUCCGAACAUGAGGGCGGAGCCCAGCCAGGAGGCGGGACCAGAGCGGAAGGUCGCAGGGAAAUGCAGGAAGCCAGAGGUGGCCUUGUCAAUCAACGUAGGGGUGUUCAGAUAGCACCCGCCCCCCCCCCCCCAGCCAGUAUACACACGCCCACACGCUCAGUGAUCCUCAAAGAUGGCCACAGUCACCGAACAGCGUCCGCGUGCCAAAGGGUCCCUCUCCACCUCCUCCUGACCCGGCUUCUCCUCAGGAGUCUGCCUGCAAACCCCGGGACCCAGCAGGGGGUGGGGGUGGGGGGGGGGGGUGACUGUAGAUCUGUUCGGGGUGGGGGAGGGGGGAUGGGGGGAGGGUGACGGGGUAGUUUGUACUUUACUCUGUGGGAAGGUGUGUGUUGGAGCACUUACUGACGUCCCCUGCAGUCCUGCCUCCCUUCACUCUGCUUCUAUGCAAUUUUGCGAUGGCGUGAGUCACCAGGCAGCCCGUCUCCCCGGAUCAGACCGGUCUGUGAGCGCUCACAACCCACCUGAAGAUCUACUGUAGGUGCGCUAAUUGGAAACCAUGGUAACAUUACCUGGUCUGUUACAUCAUAAGAGAGCUCGGCUGUGGUAGCGGUUAGCCAGCCACUGCCCCUUCACCUCACACUGAGCUGGAGCCAAUGAAACGGCAGAGAACCGAGACACAUUUGCAUACUGUGUCUCAUUGGCUGUGUUAUGAGUGAGUGAGUCACUGGAAGCGCUUGCAUAAGAACGGCCCGUUAAUCAUGUUCCCUUCUUAUUAUUUAGAGGUGUUUUGGUCCGAGAAAAAAAAAAAGUUGUUUUUUUUGUUAAGCAUAUUUUUUUUCCCCCAAAAACCAUGUAUUUAAUGAGUGUAGAGGAAGUGUAUUGCUGUGUGACAUGGGCCUAAUUGAGCUGGUGUUGGAAAUUUCACUUUGAGAACGGGUGCACCAUUAAGUAUAAUUUAACGGUCUCUCUUUAUUUGAUGAUUGGAUGAGAAAUUGAUCGUACUGGGCUGAUCGUUGCGAAACAGUCACUACUGGUGAUACGUUUUCUCUCUUGAUUUCCACGACAUCGUUCAAAGUAAUAAAAAAGAAGAGAAACUCAUUUAAAUGGAAAAUUUUCCUUUUCCAAAUAUAUUUUUAACGGUUCUGUUUUUGGGUUGGUUUUUUUACAAUUCUGUUUCUGUUUUGUGUGUGGAAUAUAAAAUCUUUAGUGUUAUUUCUUAAGACCAAAUCCCUUAACUGAACAAAGGGAAGUGAGGAAAUUGGCCUUUUUUUUUACAGAAGGCCUGAAAUCAGCCUUGCAGACUCAGAGAACCCUCUUACCUCUUCGCUUUAUUAUUAUUUUUUUCUUUCUUGGGAGCUCUCGGGGAGAAGAACAGUGUUAUGAACAGCUGUCACUAAAGUUAAGUGCAUUACAAUCAAGUCAAACUGUACCUUUUUUCAUUUAUCUGACAUUUAGCAUAUUAAACAUCUUUUUCCUUUUUUAAUUUACAGCUGGAAGACGUUGUAACCACGACGUUUUUAAAUUGGUGGCUGCAUACAGGUUUCCUCAUUACAUGUUUUCAAGGUUUUUAUUCUGAGAAUUCCUUUGACCAGUAAGAACAUAUGAACUGUGUAAAACCUGUAUUCCAGUUUUCUGAGGUUAGUAGAUUAAAAGGCAUAUACUAAAACUACUGUUUGAUUACAAAUUAGACUGUCAAUAAUAAUUAUUUUUAUUUGUGUGGAAAAAAAAUGUUGGCUUCUAUAUUUUUCAGAAAAUCUUUUUUUCACUUUAUGCAUAAAUAUGGGAUGGAUCUUGGAAAAUGUACGUUUGACUACCUGCAAAUUUAAAGUGGGGGCAAAAUGACCUCAAAUCUAAAUAACUGUUAAAUUUGUAAAAUACAUAAUGAAUAAAAACAGAUAAUACUUC